UCUUGAAAGACGUGGAAUUGGAAAUGGAAUUGGAAAUGAAAUGUGUGCUGAUGGUCCUCCCCACACCAGCUGCUCUUUCUGCCGCUCGUUUGGGAGGCGGCACCACCACGCUAGUCGUCUCAGCCAACCGCAAUGAUCGGGCCAGUGGCGCUGAUGUCCAGGGGAUGAGCGGGUCUGCUGUGCUCCAGGCCCUCGAGAAAGCAACCGCCCAUAAGAGGAGCAACAAGAAGAAGAUGAAGAUGAAGAUGGAGAAGACGAACCAGUCGAGUGGAGGAGCAUCUCCUGCCGAUAGACCGGAAGACGUUAGGCCCCUGCGCAUCGACUCUGGCUGGGCUGCGCGCUUGGACGAGCUUGAGGAGCGCCUUACCCGCCUCUCUCUCGCCUCCUCUGAUUGCACAAACAAUAAAAUAGAUGCAAAACGCAGUUCGUGACAUCCCUCUGUUUUGACAACACGGAAGGAAGCUCCUCCUUCAACUGAUUCAGUAGUUUCUGGACUGGAAUGAACACCCUUUCGUUUCCAUGUAAGAGUAAAAGAGUAAUUAAGAGUGUCGUGCGACACUGAGCUAUUGAUAUCUCUCU